AUGGGAUCACCGACCGCAUGGAAUGUUAGCGACAUAUCAGAACAUUUAGAAGUAGAUGAGCUAAAAGAAAACAUGAUGCAUGAACAAAUUGAGAAAUCAAUUGAUGAUUUUUUGAUUACGAGAAUAAAGUUUUUGAACAGUUCGGAAAAUGAAAAAAAUUAUAUGGAUUUUGAGAAUUUGGGAGAAUCAAUGCCUAGGUCUUCAAAAAACGAAAAAGCUGAAAUAUAUUGA